UUUAUAUACAUGCAUACAUACAGAAAAAAACGAAAGAAAAACAGCAGCAGCAGCCAUCAGCUCCCAAACUCCACUUCGUCUCUUGCACAGCCACUCGAUUUCCUCCAACCAGGGAGGAGAGAUACGCCAGCCCUUAUCUGAGCUCAUUCCCAACGUGGAAAAGGGACAGGAAAGACACCAUAUCAAUCCGACAGAAUCCAGCAAAUCAUCUACGGAUAAUUUUUCCACGCCGAAUGCGUGUUAAAGAGCGCGCUCAGUGCGGCACACAUCAGGCUGCUUUAUUGCCAUAGCAGCGGCGCGAGCUGCCUGUAGCUAGUACAGGAGCUUCAGCUAGCGACGAAACAAAGAAAACACACACAAAUAUAACCGUCUGCUGAGCAAACUGCUUCCUUGUUUUUUGAGGAGGAGAAGGCAAGACCCCGAAGACCAAAACUGACAUGAUGUUUCCACAAUCCAGGCACUCGGCUUCAUCGCAGCAGCUGAAGUUCACAACGUCAGACUCAUGCGACCGCAUCAAGGACGAGUUCCAGUUCCUUCAAGCACAAUACCACAGUCUGAAGCUCGAAUGUGACAAGCUGGCCAGUGAGAAGUCAGAAAUGCAGCGUCAUUAUAUCAUGUACUAUGAGAUGUCCUAUGGGCUGAACAUCGAAAUGCAUAAGCAGGCAGAGAUCGUGAAGAGAUUAAAUGGGAUCUGUGCUCAAGUCUUGCCUUACCUGUCUCAAGAGCACCAGCAGCAGGUUCUGGGGGCGAUGGAGAGAGCCAAACAGGUCACCCCACCAGAGAUGAACUCCAUUAUACGGCAGCAGCUCCAGGCUCACCAGCUCUCUCAGCUGCAGGGGCUGGCAUUGCCCAUGACCCCUCUUCCUCUCGGCCUGAGCCAACCUGCCGGCCUCCCCGCUGUCACCUCCAGCUCUGGCCUCUUCUCCCUCUCCAGCAUCCUGGCCUCUCAGGCCCAGCUGGCCAAGGAGGAUAAGAGCACACGCGAGACCUCCGACAGCCACCGCGAGGAAGACGGAGACAAGUCCGACUAGUCACCCGCCAAACCCGUUCCUUCAUCCAAUCAUCAUCCAGAGCUCCACGUAGAGCAGAGGCACUUGUUUCCCUGUUUUUUCACCUUUUUUUUUUCUUUCUUUGUUUUCCACUCUCCUUCCAUCUUUCUAUCUUCCCUCUAAAUUGCUACUGUGUUCACAUGCCUAAUGUAAUUUGUUCUGGUUCAUUCCACCAGCUCUCUAUAUGUAUCCACCUUUUUAUUGUUACGAAUGCUUGAUUUUGAUUUUAUUACCACUAUUUCUUGCCUGCGUGUGUAUG